AUGACCCUCGCGGGAAAGGUCACGACGUACCCACGGAAAGGUCAGGAAUGUCUAUAUAAGGAAACGAUUCCCCCCAUCUCGGUUCCGACGCGACCGAGACAGCUACAACAGCAACCACGCCCACAGCGACACCGGAACACCACCACCACACGCGAAGCGAUACAGCGGCGAAGGGAACACAGCAAACGGCGCCGCCACCACCACCACCACAGAAUCACCACACGCGACGCGAAGCGAAGCGAGGAGCGAGGAACGGGCACAUCACGAUCAAGAGGUACGUCGCUCGCAUCACGAACCGAAUCAACGCGCGAAUAGCAGAACAACCGGGUACAGAUCACUGACAGCGAUGAGCGACAGGUGUACCUAUCGGAUUAAAGCCACGAGGACGGGAUGUCGGGAGCGUCGGAUAAGUCGGUGUCGGUGUCGAUGGUAGCCGAGACGACACUACCGCGGACCUCAUCGGAGGUGCGGGAACAGGAGCGGGAGUUACGGUCUCGACCGGAGGUGUACGUGCGGGCGACGCAGGAGUCCCCGGUUCGGAUGGAGGACGAGGUGCACGACAUCCGCGAUGAUGUCCGGCGGUUGGCGACCAGGUUCGACGGCCUGGAGGAGAGGAUGGACGAGAGCGACCGGAGGAUAGACGAGCGGUUCGACACGAUCAAGGAGUGGACCGAAGGGAUGAAGGAGUGGACGGUGGGAGUAGCGGCAAAGCUGGAUGCGAUGGACCAGAACUGGAAAGGGAUGGAAGCGUUGCAGCGCACGAUUCUGGGGAAGCUGUCGGAUAUCGACAGCCGUGUAGUUCAGGCAGAACGGAAGGGAAAGGAAUAG